UACAGAGUUUAUUAUAAGCACCGCGCGAGCCGCAGCGCGCUGUCAAACGGAGCGCAGCGCGGAGAGGAGACGAGAGCUGAAGACACGCACAGACAGAGGAAGUGAAGGAAGAGAGAGAGAGAGAGAGAGAGAGUGCAAAGAAAACAUCUGGAUUACCUAAGGGAGCCCCUCCACGCAGAGAUAUACAAACUAAAAGAGUUUGAGGGAGGGAAAGUUCGGAGAUUCUGGAGAGAAAAGCCCAACUCCGACACGCCGUUACCGCCGAGAAACGAGCAGCAGCUGCGUGAAAGCCGCGGACCGGUGUCUGCACCGGCUCUCCUCCAUGUAUAAGAUGGAUUACUCCUACCUGAACUCCUACGACUCCUGCAUGGCGGCCAUGGAAGCGUCGGCCUACGCGGACUUCAGCUCCUGCAGCCAGGCCAGCUCCUUCCAGUACAACCCGAUCCGGAGCGGGCCGUUCUCCAACCCGGGCUGCACGCCGCUGAGCACGGCCAGCUGCACGCUGGGAGCCCUGCGAGAGCACCAGCCCACACCGUACUCCUCCGUCCCCUACAAGUUCUUCUCGGACCCUUCUGGACUGAACGAGAAGAGGAAGCAGCGGCGCAUCCGGACCACCUUCACCAGCUCCCAGCUAAAGGAGCUGGAGCGAGUCUUCGCCGAGACCCACUACCCGGACAUCUACACCCGAGAGGAGCUGGCGCUGAAAAUAGAUCUGACCGAGGCCCGGGUCCAGGUGUGGUUCCAGAACAGGCGUGCCAAGUUCCGCAAGCAGGAGAGGGCAGCCAAUGCCAAGGCCAACAGCUCUGGUGGCAACACGGGUAGCAACAGCAGCAACAGCUCUGCGGGGAAGAAAAAUGGAGAAACAAGAUCUUCGUCAGAUGAUGACGAGUCCAAGGAGUCCACCUGCAGCCCCACACCCGACAGCACCGCUUCCCUGCCUGGCUCGGCCAAUGGGAACCUGGGGAGCCCCGCCAGCCUGAGCCCCAGCCCGGCCCCCACCAAUAGCGGCUACACCAACGCCUCCAGCUCCCCGGUCCUCCAGGGGCUGAAGCCCCCCAGCUGGUCCAGCAUGGGGCCGUCCAACCCGGCUGUGGCCCAGCCGGCUGUUCAGACUCAGGAGAUUCUGAAGGCCUGGCAGCCGGCGGACAGUAUGACCGGGCCUUUCGCUGGAGUCCUGUCGUCCUUCCACAGAAAACCCAAUCCUGCCAUCAAGACAAAUCUGUUCUGAGGUAGAGAGGGGGAGAAGACGAGGACCAAUCAGGAACAGAUAAGAGCUUCAAACUUUUUUUUUUUUUUUUUUUUUUUAGUGGAGAAACAAAAGAUGCCCAUCAAGUUCUGGUCAGAGGCCAGAAAAUACCAGGUCUGGUAGUCCAGGCGUGUUAUGAAGCUGUACAGAAUCAGCCUGGAUUGGGACAGAUUCCUAAGACUUUCUCUAUUUAAUGACAUUGAACUCGGCAUUACAGGCGUUCAAGCUGUCUCCUGAACACUUCCUUGCAUCUUCUCUGUCUUUGUUGCAUUCUUACAUUCCCACACUCUCUGCAGCAGCUCUGAUGAAGUAUGGAGGUCAGGUACGACCUAAAAGCAGAAAUCCAAACAUCACCCAUAUUUGCUGAGGAAACAAAGCAAACCUUUACCCUCAAGCACAACUAGAUACACAGACUUUUUUUUUUAAAUGGCCCCAAAUCUCUCUUUGCCAAGCGAAAUGGGGGUGCCUCAAAAUCCAAUUAGAGCUGGCGGGCUCAGACUAGAUGCCUCCCCAGAUCAGCCCAUUCCCUCGUCCGUAUGCGACACGUCGAAUCCUGACGUCUAAGAAAACAGUUGCCACUUUGGUGAUUCUCAAAAGGGUUUGAGUCAAACUUGUAGUUUAAGCUUGCAAAUUUAUGGAUCUGACUGCAUAAUUGAUCUGUUCUGCUGAUGGUAAAGCAAUGCAAUCGGUCCCUCACUUAAGACUGAAGACCGGAAUUACUUGUUCUAAACCUGCAUAAAAUGUCCUGUUUUGUCCCUUAAUGCCUCAAGGGACAUUGAGGGACAUUUUUGCAUUCCUCAGAAUGAAAAAAAAAACCAAACAUGUAUUUAUUAAUAUUUUUCACACAUCUUUGAGUGGCUGUAAAUUCUGUAGAUAGUAAUAUAAAUAUUAGGUAGUUGUCCCACCCUUUUUUCUGGCUCUACAGUCCUACUUCACUGCAGAGCAUCUGUCUCACAGGAACAUGUGAAGCUCUGUUGAAUGAGAAGUUACAGCACUACUCUGAAUAUUCUAAUAAAUCUACAUUAUGAA